CGGGGAUGUUUCCCCUUCGGCUGCCGAUAAGUUACAACCUCACAAGGCUUCUGAGCGCUCCUGGCGGCAGAAGCCGGCCGUCGUCCGCUUCGGGCUCCUUUCGAAGAUCUCCGCUGAUUGGAUUGUAACCUCGACCUGUAAGGAGCAACUAGCGGGAUCGCGGCUCUUCUCUUUUUUUAACCGUUUCAACUCCUUUCUCGGGUUUUUUUUUUCUUUUUUAAACAUCUUUAUAUAUAUAUAUGUAUAUAUACCUCAUUUUUUGGGGUGGUGGUGAUUGUGGUGAGAAUUCUUUCUGCCCAAACCGGGAAAACCCAAACUCAUUUUGAUUCCUGAUAUUAAGCCCGGGAAGGAAAGCACAGCUUUUGUUUUUUGCUGAUUUGUAAAGCUACAUUUAGUGAUGGAAGCUGGUUGGACUGUACAUCUGUUGCCUCUCUUAGCUCUGACAUUGGCUUUUGUCACAGCUGUUCCAGAUGAAAAAGAAGGAAAUUGGUCCAGUGAAAUGGGAACUAAGAACCAUACAGACCAUCAAACAAUACUAGGUGUAACGAAUAAUAAAAUCAUGACAGCACAAUUUGAAUGUUAUCAGAAAAUUAUGCAAACUACUGAAGAAUAUGAAGGUCCACAUUGCAACAGAACAUGGGAUGGUUGGUUAUGCUGGGAUAGUACUCCGGCAGGACAAACUGUGGAUCAAAACUGUCCAGACUACUUUCAGGACUUUGACCCUUCAGAAAAAGUUUAUAAGAUCUGUGAAGAAAAUGGACACUGGUUUGUGCACCCUGAGAGUAACAGAAUUUGGACAAACUAUAGCCUUUGCACUCAUCAAAUAUAUUAUAAAUUGCAGACAGCUCUGAAUCUGUACUAUAUCUCUAUAAUUGGCCAUAGCCUUUCAAUUGUUUCACUUCUUAUUUCCCUUGGCAUAUUCUUCUAUUUUAAGAGCCUCAGUUGCCAAAGGAUUACGUUGCAUAAGAAUCUCUUUUUCUCUUUUGUUUGCAACUCUAUUGUAACAAUUAUUAUUCUAUCAGGAGCUGCCAACAAUCAAACAGUGGCUGCAGAUAACCCAGUUGGAUGCAAAGUGGCACAAUUCAUUCACUUUUACUUAAUGGUUUGCAAUUACUUCUGGAUGCUCUGCGAAGGCAUUUACUUGCACACUCUGAUUGUGGUGGCUGUAUUUGCAGAAAAGCAGCAUUUACUUUGGUAUUAUCUCCUUGGAUGGGGCUUCCCAUUGAUACCUUCCUUCAUACAUGCUGUAGCCAGAAGUUUAUAUUUCAAUGACCACUGCUGGAUCAGUUCAGAGACUCAUCUGCUGUACAUCGUCCAUGGUCCUAUUUGCGUUGCUCUUUUGGUGAAUCUCUUUUUCCUGUUGAACAUUGUCCGUGUUCUAAUCACAAAGUUAAAAGUCACCCAUCAGGCGGAAUCCAAUCUCUACAUGAAGGCAGUUAGAGCCACCCUCAUACUGGUGCCCCUACUCGGCAUUGAAUUUGUGCUAGUCCCAUGGCAGCCCCAAGGUCGUGUUGCUAUAGAGAUUUUCAACUAUGUGACGCAUAUCUUGAUGCACUAUCAGGGUUUGCUGGUGGCAACAAUUUUCUGUUUUUUUAAUGGAGAGGUCCAGUCUGUCCUACGGAGGCACUGGAAUCUGUACAGGAUCCAGUUCGAACAUAGUUUUGCCCACUCCGAUGGUCUCCGGUCAGCUUCUUAUACAGCUUCUUCCUCCUUCACUGAUGGCCAAAGCUUCAGUUUUAACCAUGACUGCCCCAGUGAAUAUUUAAAUGGAAAAAGCUUUAAUGAGAUGGAAAAUGUUGCUUAUAAACCUGAAAAGCUAUAUGGAUGAUUAAAGAAGACUGAAAGUUC